AUCUGGUCGGCAUGGACGAGUCGGACCGAAGGGUCUGUUUCCGUGCUGAAUGUCUGGCUGUAUGACUUUGUGAGUGACAAACACAAGUCGACCCAGUACCGAUCCCUGUGGAACGCCACUGGUCGCAGGUCUCCAGUCUGAAAAACAACACUCCACCACCACCACCCUUUGUUGUCUACCGUCAAGCCAAUUUUGUAUCCAAUUGGCAAGGUCACCUUGGACUCAAUGUGAUGUAACUUUACUAAUUAGGCUACCUUGUUGAAGACUUUACUGAAGUCCAUAUACAUCACUCUCCCUUCAUUGUUCAAAAAAAAAACUCAGUCAAGUUUGAGACACAAAUUUAUCUUCCACAAAACCAUGCUGACUAUCCCUAAUCAUUCCCUGCCUCUGCCAAGGCUCUCAUUUCCCUCUUUGCCCUUCUGACUUCCUUCUUAAGAAUGUCCCUGCACUUUUUAUGCUGUUCAUUCUUUAUACUCUUCUACUUUGGGAAGGCGAUGGCCUAGUGGUAUUAUCGUUGGAUCGUUAAACCUAUUGACCCAGAUAGUGUUCUGGGGACCUGGGUUCAAUUCUUGCCACGGCAGAAGGUGGAAUUUGAAUUUAAUAAAUAUCUGGGAUGAAGAGUCUAAUUAUGAUCAUGAAUCCAUUGCCGAUUGUUGUAAAAACCCAUCUGGUUCACUAAUGGUCCUUUAGGAAAGGAAAAUGCCAUCCUCACCUGGUCUGCCCUAUGUGAGUCCAGACCCACAGCAAUGUGGUUGACUCUGAACAGCCCUUGGGCAAAUAGGAAUGGGCAAUAAAUGCUGCCUAGCUAGUGAUACCCUCAUCCCGCGAAUGAGUAAAAAAAGUUUAUUUAAUCCCAGUCGUCUGUAUCUAAUGUAUGACUCAUUGUUCUUCUUGACAAGAACCUCAAUAUCUGUCAUCCAUUGUUUGUUACUCUUAUUAGCUUUACCCUUCACUCUAACAGGAACAUAAUGCCUCUGAACUCUCAUUAUCAAGCUUUUGAAAGCCUCCCUCUGGUCAAUGGUCCCUUUACCUGCGAACAAUCUACUCCAAUCAACUUUUGAAAGUUCUUGUCUUAUACCAUUAAAAUUUUCCUUACUCCAAUUAAGAACUUUAACUUGUACGGAAGUCUUAUCCUUUUCCAUAGCUACUUUCAAACAGAUAGAAUUAUGAUCACUAGUCUCCACGUGUUCCACUACUAACGCUUAAGUCAUUUGCUUUGCCUUGCCUUAUUUCCCAAGAGAAGGUCAAACAUUGCACCUUCCCUCGUCGAUACAUUUACAUACUAAUAGAAAAAUUUUUCUUGAACAUAUUUAACAAAUCCUCACCUUCCAAGUCUUUAAUACAAUGGCAGUCUCAGUCAAUACAUGGAAAAAUUAAAAUCCCCUACUUUUACAACCCUAUUAUUCUUAAAUAUUUCUGAGAUCUCCCUUCUACAUUCCUGCCCACCCCGAUAAUCUUUCACCCCUCGCUUAACAAGAAUGUAUUCAUUUCUACAUUAUAAAUAUUUAUGGAUUUUGCUUCCACCAACUUUUCAGGAAGUGUCCCAAAGACAUUCCACUCUCUUGAGAGAGAAUUUCACAUCAUUUCUGUUUUAAAUGGGCGUCCCCUGUUUUUUUCAAAAUAAAGAUACCUUGUUCUCGUUCUCCUGGAAGGAGAUACGUUACACAUCUACUGUCAAGACCCCUUAAGGUUAUAUGUUUCAAUCAAGUCACCUCUUAUUCUUCUAUACUCCAGCAAAUGCAAAUGUAGUCUGUCUAACCUCCUCAUUACGCAGCCCAUUAAUUCCAGGAAUUGGUUUGGUGGGUGUUUGGAGAAGAAAUUCCGCUGUAUCUGUGGAUUGUUUACUGAUUAUUUUGUAAUGUUAUUAUUUUUAACUUGAAUCUAAUAUGGUUAUUAAGGCAAUUGCUAUGGACAAAGCAGAGUUGUGACAUUGUGGAUUUGAAAGAGGCUGAGUCUAACCAGAUUCCAAAGCAUUUUUAAAAAAAACUGACACAAAACAGAAAUUGCUGGUGAAACUCAGCAAGUCUGGUAACAUCUAUGGAGAAAGAGAGCAGAGUCAAGAUUCUGAGUUCAGUGACCCUUGUCUGAGCUAAAAGCCUGCUGAUUAUACAGCUAUUCUCUCACUUGUCAGUCGAAUAUUGAGAUAGCUGCCCAGGUAUGUGAAGACUCUUGAAAUACAGAAGUUCGCAAACAUAAAACAGAGAUGUGAGAAUUCAAGCUUUGGAGAAAAACACCAGAUGGGAGGAAGAGCUUCACUGAUUUGGCACAAUUUACUUAUUUGCUCUAUGGAUUCUGUGAUUCUUCAAAAUUAGUAUACCACCAUCUUGAACUUUGAGCUAUACAAAGAAACCUGGUUGAACAGCCAGCAUGCAAAAGUCCCAAGAAGGCAGCUUUGAGAACCAACCUCUGAAGGGGGUGUUUUGAUCAAGGGAGGACAAAGGAAAAAGGUCUGGCAGUGUGAAAGUCCUAAAGCCACAGAACUUGAGAGCCAUCUUCUGUCCAUCCCAAUAUCUGCUGUCCUACUGUUUCACCUGUACAAGAAAACACCAACUGUCCAAUUUCUGAAGCCAUCACAGCUGCUGGAUCUGACUUUGUUAAUCUCUUGCUUCAGCAUCAAGGAAUUCAAUCAAUGGACCCAAACGGUACACCAUGAAGAUUCAUUGGGACUUUAUUAUAAUGACUAUCCUGGAACAACUUUCUCUUCUGAUCAUUUCAACAACUGAGGAAAAUGACUGAUUCUCUGGACAUGAAGGCACCUAAUAUGACAAACACACCAGGCUCUGGGGCACAGGAGAUUAUAGUAUCCAAUGGACACACUGAAAGUGAGGCCAAUCCUUUUGCUGAAUACAUGUGGAUGGAACAUGAAGAAGAGUAUGACAGACAAGUAGAAGAAGAAUUAUGGGAGGAAGAAUUCUUGGAGCGUUGUUUUCAGGAAAUGCUGGAUGAGGAGGAUCAGGAAUGGUUCAUUCCUGAGCGGGAUUUGCCAGCAAUCAACCAGAUGCAACAACAAAUGAAUGGAUUAUCCAUAAAUGACAGCAACAAGACAGAGGAACUCGUGAGUAAAAGUACUCUGAAUCCUGAUGCCAAGGAGUUUGUUCCUGGAGUGAAGUACUGAAAUUCUGAAAGUCUUGCAAGCUGCCCUCUGCUGGAGGAAGCAACAAAAAAAAAAUACAAUUUCUGAACACUGUGAAGCAAGUCACUUUUUAGGAGGGCCUAUUUGUUAUAGAUGCUAUUGGAUUACCCACCUUCUUCCCCUUCUCAACCGAAGACCUGUUUUAGAUUUACUGGGUUUAUUUUGGCUUGUUUCAGCUUUGUUACAAAAACAGCUUGGCCCUUUCACACUUUCCUUUACGUGCAAGGCCAAGUUGGCAUGCUGUUGUUGGUGUACGGUGUUCCAUCUGCCACAUAUCAUGUGGGUCUUUUACUUAAAAUGACUGGUUUCAUAGCUUAGUUGGUGGGGAAAGAGGUGAAUUGAAUGCAAUGCCAGCUUAAAACUUGCUCAGUUUAGGGUACUCCGUAUUUCCUGGGAGAAAAGUUUAAAGUGAGAGUAUCCUUUUUAAAACAAUGUCUAAAAUUGGCUUAAGCGAAAUAUCAAAAGCACUUUGCCAAAUGAAGCUGAUUCUAAAAGAAUUGAAAACUACCAACUGCUGGAACCACACAGGCACACGCACGGACACACACACAAUCACAGCCUUUGGUUUUUUUACUGCCUGAUUAUUAUCUCCCCUCUUUUCCCUGCUAUGAGAGCCUUACAAAAGGGGGAUGUAGAAUAGCUAUACAGAAUACAGUAUUACCACUGCCAUUACAUAUCGUCAGUUUUAUGGUCUAAACAAAUUUCCUUCUAAAAUAACAUUGCAUCUAGCAGUAAAAAGAAGCUAAAUAUGUUAUAAUGCACAUUGUAAGAUCCUAUAAAUACAGUAUAUGUCUCUUUUGGGGGUUUUUGAAGUGCAGCCCAAAUGGGCUGAAGAAAGUACAAAAGGGAUGCUGUUUGUCUAGUUUGUAUGGGGAAAUCCUCUCCUGACUGAAAAUUGGGUUGCACUUUUCAUGACAAUGGGUGAUGGUGGGCCAUGACAGAAAAUUGCCCAAGGUACAGAGUCUGCAAAUGCUUGGCAGAGAUUUUUAUGUAGCAGAUACCUUACAUUAAGAGCCAGUUCUUGAGUUAUCACUAAAUCAUCCAUGCUUGCAUCUGCCUCAACAACGAAAAUGGCAUCACUACUGCAGCCUUUCUUGCACUUUCUUUCUAGGAAGUUGAUAUUUCUUUCAAGGCUCAACUUUGCUUUUCUUUUCUCAUCUCGGGGACAAACUAGUGCAAAAAAAAACUGGCAUGUAGCUUUAUAUUUUAAGAAAACAAUAAGAUACUUGUCAACUCUUCUAAAGCUUUGGUCAGUGGAAAGUUUGCAAGUUCAAUGUUUGAAUGUGAUUUUUAAAAAGAUCAUGCAUAAAUUCUUUGUGGGGUGGGGAUGUACAGGUGCAGGACCUGAUGGUAUAAGAGUGGUCUGGCAAACUAAGACAUAAGUAAAGUUAACAGUUUUUCAUAUAACGCAGCAUUUCAGUGGGAGGAAAUUGAAUCGGGUCUUAAGUUCUGAAGCUCACUUUAUUUAUUAAGUUCGCUUGAUGUUCUCUCAGUUGAUCACAAAACACAAACAAUACUUUGCAAUUUGGGAAAAGAAACAAAGAUCUGUUGCCUCAUUUCCUUCUGAAAGUUAUUAGUUAAUCCAGUUCAGCAUCUCCUGUGGGAAUGGGUGGGGGGCAACCCUAGUCUUCAAUGCGGUGCUUUGGUCAUUGACUUAUGAAUUUUGCUGCUGGGAAAGUCCUUUCCAGUGGGUGUGAUUAGGUACUGACAUAUUGCAAUUUUCUAUGAAUUUGACAAUUUUGAGCUUAUCAAACUUUUACUUUUCCGAACCAUCUUCACUUAAAACCAUCCAGGUCUUUAACAGAUGGAGUUUUCAGUCCAUUAAUACUUGUAUGCUUUCAAAUAUUGAAGUAGCUGUACUCUUUUCUGAGCCUUGUAUCAGCUCAUAAUAACAAAAAUGUGUUUUAUUGCUAAUAAUUUGUUUAGUUUACCCCGUACACAAAGCUUCAAAAUAUUGUUAUUGCACCAAUUUCCUGUUUCACAUAACUAAUCCUGCAAACUUUGUUGAUUUAGCUUUUUUAGGUGUUAUGUGGUGAUGACAGCAUCUCAAGAAUCUAGAAUGAAAUUACUACUGAGACGCUUCAGCAAUUUUCAUAAUAAUUGAUUGCAUACUAAUAGUUUCUUGUUUUCUCUUCACUUCUACCCACUGUUCUGGUUCUGAACACAGGUAGUACCUUUACUACCAUUUCUGCUACAAAGGUAGUAGAAAUUCGUUCAUAAAUGCAGAACUUUUUUUUUACAUGCAGUGAUGCAGUACCUCUGGUUGUGGCCUAAAGCAUCUGUUUGCACCUUCCUCACUGCCCAAGUAAACAGUAGCACUUAAGACUGUUGCUAAUAAAUCUUAAGUAUAAUUUUUUGCAUAACUUAUCGUACCAUGGAACUCUCGAUUAGAAACUAACUCUCCUGUUAAUUUUAUGGACUGGAUGGAUGAUAUUUUAUUCUGAGAGUUGGCUCUUGUCCCUUUAACUUGAAAAGUUUUUGAGAUAUUUCAAUCUGUUUCAAGGUAACAUGUUUUAUCUUUUUCCCCUGGUGACCUAUCACGUUUGCAGUGGUGGUUACUUUAUUUUUAAUGAAAGUAUAUUAAUGUAUGAAGAAAAAAAAUAUUCAAUUUUCACCAUAUUGUCAGUAUUAAGUGCUUCUAAGUCAGUUAUAAUGUGAUCCACAUGGCCGCCUCUACAUUUCAGUUGCAGCAUGUCUUCACUAGAACAGCACUCACACCUGCUUUGCUCCAGUCUGAUGUUCCUUUUCUCCAAACAUAUAUGAUCUCUGAGCUGUGUGUCAGUUGCUCCUGAAUUGAGGUCUCUUUUGUGUUACAUAAGUGCCCACCAGAAGCAUUAUUUUUGUCCGGAGCAAGGUCGUUGAUGCCAUCAGUAUGAAGGAUUGGAAGCUCGACUCUGGGGUUAAUGAACAAGUUUGGUGUCCUGGUAGCCGAGUGACUAAAGGCACUGUCCCUUGUGUGACGUGAUAUGGAUCAGGUGGCCCUAGAUGCAACUUUUGGUGUGUACCAAGAAAGUUGAUCAAAGCAGACAGUAGCAAUGAAUAGUUUUCUAUUAGCUCUGCACUCCUGGACUAACAGAAAGAUCUAGCUCCUUAUUGGAACAUGAUUGAAAAAUGCAUGUAAGUGAAUGUUUCACUGAAACCAGAUUCAGUUCAAAACACUGACCUUCAGAGUUGAACUGUCUGCUUCUGAACAAUGCUUUUGAGGAAUAGUCACUUUCAGGGUAUUUUAGGGCUGCCAGUACUGACUGACUGACUGUUUUUCAGCAUUAGUCAGUGUCUUCGAGAUGAUUAAAAUUUGAAUAGAAUUGUCGGUGGUGUUUAGGAGGACGAAGUUCUGAUGUGACAACUUAUCUCUUCAUUGGAAAAUUCCCUAAUGUUUUCUAAAACUGAUCUCAGAUUGACAGUUUUAUUUUUCUGAAGCUGUUACUUUCUUCAUUUUCACUUAUUUCAUUCUGCCUGCCUAUCCAAAUGGAGUAAAAUGCUGAUAUCAUGAACUUUCAGGGAAAAUAUUUCAUCACAAUGCAAUUUUAGUAUUCAAGAAAAUAAGUGUCUUUCUUUUGCUUUGAUUACUCUGAGGAAACCGGGUGCUGCAUUCUAGGUAGGUGUAUUUUGCAUUUAAAAUUAAUGUGUAGCAACUGUUCUGUCUCACUCCACCCAGCUGUCCCAACUUGAAUCAUUAAGAAGAGAAUAUAAAUUAUGGCCAGUUGAGAAUGAUUCCAAGCUUGGAUUUCUUCAGUGCAGUAAUAACAGGAAUUUAAAGCAAUGAGAUGAAUGAAGCAAAAUUGCAGAGGAGCAUGAAUAACUUUUCUAAAUAGCAGAAAGUUUAAUUUGGCCAUAUGUGAAAUCUAAGGGAGUUUUUUGGCAAUUAAAGAUAUACAAAAUUCCCAGAGCCAUUCAAAGCAUCAUGAAUGUGACCAGAGAAUUUAAAUUGUGGCAGGUUUACUUCUAGAUAUUUGUUUGCUGUUGGGAAGAAACACUUGCUAGUUUUUCCUUUCUUACCCGUUCACUCGCCCUGUCGUUUCACCUCGCAAUAGCUGCCAGCAUAACAUUUGUGCAGUAAUGAGGAUCUGCCUCAGAAGAUCUAGUUUGUACAUCUCAAGUAAUACUUUGCCUCACCAUUUGGUUUCACAUCUCAAUUGUUUCAAAAUGUAACCAGAUUCUUCUUUUAGGAUUGUGGAGAUUGUGUGUGCACUUGAAUUCAUUAGCUUUUGUUCACUUCCUAUUUGUGCCCACAUUAUGAAACCAAAAACAAAUGAACAAUCAGGGGAUGCUGUGUCCCAUCAUGCACUUAGCCUUUAACCUUCUCUCGCAUUUCAAGGGAAAGGGUGGGUUUGGGAGGUGCUUUCAUUUUUGAUCCACACAAUUAAAAAUAUUGUUUUCAAAUUGCAAAUAGGAUGCAAAUAAAUCUCUCAGCUGUAAUCAGUCUUGUUUCAGUUUAAUGAUAAACUACAUUAUGUUAAUUUUUAAAAGAUUCCUGUUUAGUAUAAUGCUGACUAUUUUACUGCUUGCGUGUACAAGUAGAAGCUGGUGCUUUACAAUAGGUGUAUGCGUGAGGGAUGUUUACUGGUGUAAGGAUCUGUAUUCUCACUUUGUUAUAAGAAUCUAGAACUAUUUGUUCUAUGUUGCUGUUAUCCUGGCUACACCAUGCACUCAAGAUACAUUUUCUGAGUUAAUUCAGCAUUUUCCAUCAAGCUUGGUCUGCAUAUGGGACAAGGAGUAAGCUGAAAUAUGAGAUUGCUGGACAUGUUGGGACAGUGUUGAAGUUCUGAGAUCUUGAAGACCCAGCUGCUUAUUUCCAUACUUGCCAUGUAAAUGGAGUAGUUGGCACUAGUGUUAUAAUCCUGGUCCCGUUCCCAUUUAUGUUUGCUUCCUACCUAUACUUAAAUUUAAAUUUGCAUUUCACUUGGUACAAUAUGCACUUGAGACAUUUUAAGGGAGAUUAGGGAAUGUGGGGAGUAGUUUCUUGUUUUGUUAAUAGGUGGAGGACCACCUUUGGAAAAGCUCCAUCUUGACAUCUGGAAAAUAAUUAGUGUUUUCGACAUAGCAGUGAUAUUUUUAACAACUGUUUUGAUGCUUUAGAAUAACUCGAGGCCAUGUAAAGCGCUACAAAACUACAUUAAUUCUUCCUGUUGUGUCAUUUUCUUCUUUUAAUCGAUUUUUUUCCUUUUUAUCUCUUUCUGAAAAUCAAUCAUGACCAAAUUCAGGGAAAUUGAAAAAAUCAUCCUGUUAAACAGUAUAUAAAUCUAUAAAACCAGGAUAUUUAUGUUUUAAAAUGGAAAAGCUCAUUGACCAUAGAAAUAUAUUGAGAGUUAUUUUAGUAAUUCUUUUGGAAAGGUGUUAAGUUUAUCCAUUUGGGGCAGGGUAAUGUAACAUUAUUUAAUUGAUUUUUCUUUCCCAUCAAACUUGAUUUUGCUUGCCCUGAGGUUCUUGAUCUUCAAAAGAGCGUUUGGCUCCUAAGCAUUUCACCAUGAUGGCAUUUUGUAGACACAAGGACAAAAAAGUGCAAGCCUAAUUCUUCAGUCCAUUCUAGACACCUAUUGAUACCACUCUGAAACUAAUAUCAACUGGGGGAACCUUGUAUCUUAGUUCCUUUCCCUUUUCUAGAAAUUAUCCAGCGUCUUUUCUGGCAAGAAUUUCAUUUUUUGCCUGCCCUCAUUCUCUAAAUAGUUCCAUUUGGGGUCUUAAAUUGUUGUGUUUUCUUGGCAGUGUGUCUUUGUCCCAUUAAAAUCACUUGCACAGUAUCUUUGUCAAUUUGCUACCUGGUAGUUAAUGGGCUGGUUCACUCCCAGGGUAAAAUGUUUUUAAACCACAGUUGCCAGCAUACUUCUGUAUUAAUACCAUCUCUGUAUUAAAAGUUGAAUUCUCAGCAUUUUGUCAAGACGGGGGCAUUAUCUGAUUGUGUUUGCAGAUGUCUCACCUUGGUUUAUUGUUAAUUAUCUGAUACAAGUGUGAAAUAAACUUUGUAAUUUA